UCUCUCUCUCUCUCUCUCUCUCUCUCUCUCUCUCUCUCUCUCUCUCUCUCUCUCUCUCUCUCUCUCUUCUCUCUAGGGUUUUGGUUUCCAUGAUCGACUAGGGUUGGGCGUGGAGAUCGCUUGAUUUCUGGGCAGCGCCGGAGGAUUUGAUCUUGCUUUGCAGCUUCUUCUAGCAGGCGGUUGUGUGGUUGGAUGUGGUUCGAGAACUGCAAGCUGUUAUUGGCAGCUUGCCCUUCGAUUUUUUGAUGGCUCCAAAUUGUAAAUUGAGGCACGAGAAAAACAGAUAAUUGCAACAGUGGGUUCAAUAAAUUUAUGCAGCUUUCUUUGUUUUAGCACAACUUUGCCAAAAAUAGAAAAUAUUCCAGUGCUUCUGGCGACAGACAUUUAUUCAGGCACACAAUGCAAACAAAGAAAAAAGUUCCUGCGAGAAGUGUUUCCAGAGAGCACACUAACCCUAGAUCUUGUCGGCAGCAGAAAAAAGGAAGCACAGCUUGUGAGAGAAAAGUUGCUGAUAUGAUAACAUCUUCCACAAAAACAAAAAAAUGGUAGGAUACUCUCAAGUAAAAGUAAUGUAGAAUCUGAAAAGGAUUUGAAUUCCAUGCACACCCUAUCAUCUGACAAUACUGACAAUAUUUGUCUUAUAAAUGGGAAUACUCUUCAUCCCAAGCUAUCUGAUGAUAGAACCUCUCAGUGUGUAUUGGAAACUAUAUUUUCCCCUUCAUUUCAUCUUCCUAAAGAUGGCUCCAGUGGUGUCCCUGGGAAAGAAUUGGAGUGUGCGAACUCUUGUGAUGAAGAAUUUAGCAACCUGGGGAAGCUGUCUCCUGAAGUUUCAGCCAUAUAUCUUGCCAUGCAGCACUCUAAAUUGGAAUGUGUUGAUGAACCAACUCAAGAAUCCAUGUCCACAGAUAUGUGUGUGGAGUAUGAAGAUGAUGAUUUUGAUGACUUUGAUCCAUAUUUUUUCAUAAAGAACUUACCUGAUUUGUCGGCGGUUGUUCCAACUUUUCGGCCGAUGCUUCUUCCAAGGCAGACAAGGAGCUGCCCCUCAACUACGCUUGUUCUUGACUUGGAUGAGACAUUAGUGCAUUCCAGUCUUGAGCCCUGUGAAGAUGCAGAUUUUACCUUCCCAGUAAAUUUUAAUCUUAAAGAACACACAGUCUAUGUACGCUGCCGUCCCCAUCUCAGGGAUUUCAUGGAGAGAGUUGCUAGCCUAUUUGAGAUUAUCAUAUUUACAGCUAGUCAGAGUAUCUAUGCCGAGCAGCUCCUAAAUGUGCUUGAUCCAAAAAGGAAAUUGUUCCGUCAUCGUGUUUACCGUGAAUCUUGUGUGUAUGUAGAGGGCAACUAUUUGAAGGAUCUUUCAGUUCUAGGCCGUGAUCUCUCCCGUGUGAUCAUUAUUGACAACUCUCCCCAGGCAUUUGGCUUCCAAAUAGACAAUGGCAUACCCAUCGAAAGUUGGUUUGAAGAUCGUUCAGAUCAGGAGUUGAUUUUAUUGCUGCCAUUUUUAGAAAGCUUGGUUGGGGUUGAAGAUGUUCGGCCUCUGAUAGCUAAAAAGUUCAAUCUCCGGCAGAAGGUUGCUGCAGCAACGUGCCUUGGUGUUGAUUUCAAAUGAGUGCCAAUCUCCAUGUUUUAUGCUUGCUACGGUAGUAUGGGUUUGUUGUUAUACAUGAUUUUCACCCCUUGCUGUCUUUUUGCUUGCUGUUACAGUCUUUCGUUCCUGUUUGUAUGCCAUUUUAGCCGGUGGUUGUUUAAGGGGGUUGUGGCGUGAUAAAUUAGAAUGUUAAAUAAGUUUUUUUCUGGAAAGAAGUUAAAAUGCCUUUGGAUGAGUAGUCAAUUGGCGUGUGCUUAUUUUUUUUCUUUCAUGCAAAUUGUGGCUUUCAAAGUUUCA